AUGGUUGACUUUAAUGAAUUACUUUUAAAACUUAAAGAUACUCUAAAUAGAGUUACAGGGAUUGAAAAAGAAAGUGUAGCGUACAAAAUAAGAAAAAUAGAGGAACUUCUUAAUGAUAUUGAUAAUAACUUUAAUAUUUCUACAAGUAAAUUAGUUUCUGCUAAACACCUAAAAAAUAAAAUUUUAAUACAACAAAAUCUUAUUAAAGGUUAUCAGAAGCUUAUUAGAAGUGAUCAACGGUUGUAUUUAACACUAAAAGAAAAAAUAGAUUUUUGUAAAUAUAAAAUAUUUACAUAUGAAAAAACGAUUAAAGAUGCAAGACCGAUUUACGAAUCAACAUAUGAAAAAAUAAUAGGAAGUGUAGAAUUUAAUUUUUUAAAAGUUGAGUUUGAUCCUAUUUUUGAGAUUAAAAAUUUAUUUUUUUAUGUCGAUUCGAUACUAAAAAUUAAAUACAAUCUUUUAAUAGACGGAAAGAGUGUACAAGUAAAUUUUGAACAUGCGUCAGAAUUAGAGAUUAUGCUUAUUGGUAAAACUGACACAAUUUUAGGGUACAUUUUAAUUCCAUGCGAUUUUUUUAUUGAUAAAGAAAAUUUCUUUGUUGACAUAGAUUUCGAGAAUUUUAAUUAUGUUUGCACAAAAAUAUCAUUUAAAAAAGAACUAAGAUUGAUUAGGAAAAAUGCGGGAGUAGUGUGUAUUUAUAAUAUAGGACAUGGACUUGAAGUACUUACAUCUUAUUAUCCCAAAAUUUGUGGUGUAUGUCAAAUGUUUAUGCCAAUUUUUACAAAGCAUUACAGGUGUUUUAGAUGUAAAUUUUCUUGCCAUAAAAAAUGUUCAGAUAUAAUAUUUUUUAAAUGUAAAAGAGGUCUAUUUGAACUUGAAAAGCGUUGGCAUAAUAAUUAUGGAAUUGCGCAUAUUUUACAUGAAAAAAAAUUAAGUGGAUUUAGAUAUUGUAAUCAUUGUGGGGAACGUAUAACAAAAGAUACUUUUUUAUGCUGCGAAAGAUGUGAUAAUGUUUUUCAUAUUGAUUGUAAAGAUUUGUGUUUUGAUUCUUGCCAGAUGGAUAUGAAUUUAAGAACUUUAAUGGCUAAUUUUUUUCCUAAACAAUUACAAAGAAGUUUUAAUGAUCAAAAGUAUAACAUUAGUAAUUUUGAGUUAAUAAGAACGUUAGGAAAAGGGAAUUUUGGUAAAGUAAUAUUGGCACAAAAUAUUAAAGAAGAAAAAUUAGUAGCGCUUAAGAUUCUUAGAAAGGAUAGUAUUUCAUGUGCGAGUGAAGCAAAAUAUCUUGAUGUAGAAAGAAGAAUUUUAAAAACAGCCACACAGUGUUCUCAUCCUUUUUUAAUGCAAAUGUAUUAUUGUUUUCAAGAUAACAAAAAUAUUUAUUUUGCACUUGAAUACUUGCCUGGUGGUGAUUUAUUUUACCACACGUUAAAAGUAAAUUUUACACAAAAUAACUUGAAAUUAUUCGCAUGUGAAAUAUUUUUAGGGCUUGAAUUUUUGCACAAAAAUGAAAUUGCUUACAGAGAUUUGAAGUUAAACAAUAUAUUAUUAACAUCUUUUGGGCACAUUAAAUUAUGUGACUUCGGUUUGUGCAAAGAAAACUUAUCGUCUUCUGAUUAUACCUACACUUUUUGUGGUACUUUAGAUACAAUUGCCCCUGAAAUAAUUAAAAAUGAAGGAUAUACAAAUGCAGUAGAUUUAUGGUCUUAUGGCAUUGUUUUGUACCAACUAAAUACUAAAUCACCACCAUUUACCGGGACUACAAAUCGUGAUAUUUGUUGGUCAAUUAUCUAUUCAGAACCUGAAUAUGAUGUACCAAUGCCUGAGGAUCUUAAAGAUUUAAUAAAAAAAUUAUUAGUGAAAGAUCCGAAAAAGAGAUUAAAUUUAAAAGGAGUAAAAUCACACAAAUAUUUUCAUGGAGUAAAUUGGAAUGACGUUUUUAAUUUAAAAAUAGCUACAGAUUUUAAACCUGAAAAUUAUACAUCUAAUUUUGAUGUAGAGUUUGCAUCAGAUUUACAUAUUAAAUCUGAAGGAAAUGAUGAAUAUAGAUAUGAUGAAUUUUUUGAGAAUUUUAAAUAA